AUGAGCAGUGCUCUCGAUCCAGACCUGACACUGAUUACACUAUCGCAGUGGAAUGACCAAAAAUUGCGACGCAUUGCCGAUAACGGCGGCGGUGAGUGCGCGGCGCCCCGCACGCCACAGUGCGCGCCCGGCCGUCGCCGCCACGAAAUGUUACCGAUUUUCAUUUUACUAUACGUCUCAUCCGCCAAUUCCCUCUGCGAUGGCACGUGCUUCUGUAACUAUAAACACGCAGAUCAAGACUACAUGGGCGAAACAGUCGACUGCUCCCACAGAAACGUGGACGCUAAGGUCAAUUUAACGUUACCCAAAACGAUAUAUUCAUUAGAUUUGUCAUACAAUAAUAUAAAAUCGAUAGAUUCAUCAAUUAUAUUCGAUUCAUCAACUAUGGUCGAGCUGUAUCUGAAUCGCAAUCAUAUCGUCGAUCUAAACUGUUCCUUGGCGUUACCUUCGUUGAAGAAAUUGGACUUAAGCGAUAAUUCAAUUAGCAAAAUCGACGGACAUGUUUUCGAUAAAAUUAAGAAUCUGGAAUAUUUAAAUUUGGCCAACAACAAAUUUACGUCUCUUGAUAAAUUGACUUUUCAUCGAUUGACGAAUUUGAAGGAAAUCGUUUUAGACAACAACGACAUAGGCGAGGAGCUACGACGAGUUAAUUUGUUCGACAGAAGCGGCUUGGGUUUGACCGCGAAGAUCAGGUCGCUCAGCAUUCGCGGCGUGAAGUUAAAUCGAGUGCCAAACAACUUCUUUGUCGACGCCUACGAUCUUAGAAAACUCGUUAUAUCAAACAACAAUAUAACUGACGUUUUCGAAUUUCCAUUCACUUUAGAGUACUUAGAUAUCUCAGAUAACCCCAUUGAAAUUAUAUCCAGUGAAGACUUCGCAGAUCUAGCCGGAUUGAAAGUACUCAAACUCAAUAAUUUGAAAAUUACCGAAAUAUCCGGCUACAUGUUCGAACCAUUACAUUCUUUGACGUCUUUAGAGCUGGAACGGAACAUGAAUCUGACGAAAUUCGAUGCGUUUGCUUUCGGUAAAGAAGUCCUAGAAGACGCCGACUAUUUCAAUUUGGAAGAGUUGUCCGUGCGAGGGUCGAGAUUAACCACACUGGACAAGAGAUUGAUGGAGCCAUUUGGAAGACUCAUAAAGCUAGACUUACAAGGAAACACUUGGUCGUGUGACUGUAAAUUAUAUUGGAUCAAACAAUUGCAAAUACCUGAAGAAUACAGAGACCAUGUGAGAUGUUUCACACCGAAGUCUCUUCACAACGCAAGGGCAUUGGAACUUGACGCCAAAUACUUUUCGUGUAAAAUAGGAAAAGGCCGUGUUGGCGGCGUCGUAGCCGUGGUCACAUUCUGCGUCAUAUUGGCUAUUAUAGCGCUUUGGAUAUUCAUAUACUUGCCGAGGUCACAAAGCAGAGGGAAUGCCAUAAGGCAGAUCCAUGUUUCUACAGCUGCGUACAGUAUUCUGCCGGGAACUAUGCCGAUAGGAACCAUUCCCAUGCACGACUUCGGUAGUCGCUAA